UUACAGCAGAGAGUUUUCAUGGAGAAAUGGAAUCACACGUCAAAUGAUUUCAUGUUGUUGGGUCUGCUUCCCCCAAAUCAAACUGGCGUAUUUCUCCUGUGCCUUAUCAUCCUCAUAUUCUUUCUGGCCUCGGUGGGUAACUCAGCCAUGAUUCACCUCAUCCACGUGGAUCCUCGUCUCCACACGCCGAUGUACGUUCUUCUCAGCCAGCUCUCCCUCAUGGACCUGAUAUACAUCUCCACCACUGUCCCCAAGAUGGCAUAUAACUUCCUUUCCGGGCAGAAUGGCAUCUCCCUCCUGGGAUGUGGUAUGCAAAGCUUCUUCUUCCUGACCAUGGCGUGUUCUGAGGGCUUACUCCUGACCUCCAUGGCCUAUGACCGUUACGUGGCCAUCUGCCACCCUCUCCACUAUCCCAUCCGCAUGAGUAAAAGAGUGUGUGCGAAGAUGACUGGAGGCUCUUGGACACUGGGGUCCAUCAACUCCUUGGCACACACAGUCUAUGCCCUCCAUAUUCCCUACUGCAGGUCUAGGGCCAUUGACCAUUUCUUCUGCGAUGUCCCAGCCAUGUUGCUUCUUGCCUGUACAGAUACUUGGGUCUAUGAAUAUAUGGUUUUUGUAAGUACAAGCUUCUUUCUCCUCUUUCCUUUCCUUGGCAUCACUGCUUCCUAUGGCCGAGUCCUAUUUGCUGUCUAUCAUAUGCGUUCAAAGGAGGGAAGAAAAAAGGCCUUCACCACCAUUUCAACCCAUUUAACUGUAGUGAUCUUUUACUAUGCACCUUUUGUCUACACCUAUCUUCGGCCCAGGAAUCUCCGCUCACCAUCCGAAGACAAGAUCCUGGCAGUCUUCUACACCAUCCUUACCCCCAUGCUCAAUCCCAUCAUCUACAGCCUGAGGAAUAAGGAAGUGCUGGGUGCCAUGACAAGAGUGUUUAGGAUAUUCUCUUUCCUGAAAGAAUAAUCAUGGCCAUCUCUACUCCCUUUUUAUUUCCUUUUUCCAAGUUGAUUCGAACACCUGAGUGCAGGGUUGUCCAAUAUAAAUAAAACAUAAUUUAGAAUUUUCUAGCAGGUACAUUAAAGCAGUAAAAUUAAUUUCAAUAAAAUAUUUAAUUCAAAACAAUGUUAUAAUUAACAAUAUUGAUAUUAAUUACAUAGCAUACAUUU